AUGGCUUCUUUGGCUUUGUCUUUGGCACGCGUGUGGGGUCCUGCCAGUCGGUCGACGGCUCUGCUAAAGGCCAGGUGGCUCCAGCCCCGAGCCUGGCUGGGGCUCCCGGACACCUGGGGUCUACCCACCCUGCAGCCAGUCCGGGGCAGGACGCGCGGUAAUGAGUAUCAGCCGAGUAACAUCAAACGCAAACGUAAGCAUGGCUGGAUCAAGCGCCUGAGCACGCCGGCCGGCGUGCAGGUCAUUCUUCGGCGCAUGCUCAAGGGGCGCAAGUCGCUGAGCCAUUGA